AAAGCAUCAUUACACGGCGCAAAACAUACAACAGGAGAUGUUUGAAGCUGGGAGGCUAUUUCUGCACAAACUUGUUAUUUUUCUAAUAUGUCGUUAUUGCACGGGUUGCAUUAAAGGGGGAUGUCGAUACUUUCGCUUGGAUGAUACCAACGUUUUUCUUUUAUUAUUGGAUACACAAAGGCUUUAUGGAUCUUGAAUUUCGAGAGCCAUUGGGAAAAGUUUAUCGAGACCAGUCACGGAUGGAUAUGAAGCUGGAUUUUGAAUAGACCAGACGGGGGCCAAUAACCCACCACAUACCGCGCCUAACAACAUCUGUUGGCGCAGAAUUAUACGUUCUACCUAUGGACACCGAUCAGAUACGGUGAUCCUCUUGGGAGCCUUUGGAGACGAGCAUACAUCUAUAGGCUCUCAGCAAACCAAUACAAUGUUUUUGCGAGCAGUCGCAAUAACCACCAAAAUAUGGCUAGCUUUUUAACUUGCGCACAAGUGACAGUGCUUCGUGAUUGUUGUCCCAGGCAUUAUUCUAUGUCCAAGGGUCGUCAUAUUCUACAUAAUUUUACUACUAUUGGUGGAAUCUAUUCUCACCUCAGCCCCUUCGAAACCUUUGCUAGAACAGCAAGACAGCGAACCACCAAAACAUCAACAGCACCAUUGAUGAUGAUGAUGAUGAGGAGAAUACUGACAUCUGCGCCAGGACUCAGGAGUGAUGGCUUCACGUUCGUUACGCUGAUUGGGCGAAAGCUGCCGACGCCACUCGCCUUACUUUACCAGGGCAGGGCUUGCGAGUGUGCAUCGACUUGCAGAUUGCUCUGCUCUCAUAAUCACAUUUCUGCCGUCGAUGCAACGCAAACCUGCAAGCCUGCAUUAGCCUUCUACGGUUUCUACGGUUUCUACGGUUUCUACGGUCGUCCUAAGGGUUGCGGAGCCAAGAAAUUGUUCCCUCUUUCUCUCGAGUCUCCCCUCUCUUUCUUUCUCUUCCCCUUCCCCCCCAUUUCCCACGGCGCCCCGACCGCCCUUCCUCUCAUUUUCCUCUGGGCGCUUUGUUAUUUCGCUUCCGCCUCAUCUCGUCUUCUAACCGGCCCGGCCGCUAUGAACCUAAACUAUCCUAAGGUAGGCAGCCCAGCCUUGCGAAAUUUGCUAAUUUGGCGAAAGCGAUUUAAGCCCGCUGGACUUGUCGACUAGCCUUGGGCUUGGCGACUACAUCAGACUAACUAAUAUGAAAACUUACUAUUUUAUUUGUUACUAUUGUCGCUAUAUUGUAAAGCUGGCUAACCGCGCUCGGGGCUUCAUCUCUCUCUCUUCCCCCCUCCCUUACCAACAGCCCAUUCAUUCUAUUAUCUCAUCUACUGGGCUG